CCCGGCCCGCGCCCGCCCGGACCCCGCACGCCAGCCGCUCCGCAGGCUCCCGGGGUGCCGGCCUGGCCCCCCCUCACCCCAGGCGGCGGCUCGGCCUGAGAUUAGACUUUGACAUUUCAUGAAAGAGGUCUCCAAGUAGUUGUCUUAUAAGAACUUUGAGAAGAAGUUCUAUGUAGCUCUUACUUUCAAGAGUGCUGCAAAAAUGAUUACUUCAGAUUUGCCAGUACUACAGGAUUCUACAAAUGAAACUACUGCACAUUCAGAUGCUGGCAGUGAGCUUGAAGAAUCAGAAGUCAAAGGAAAAAGAAAAAGGGGCCGUCCUGGCAGGCCUCCAUCUGCCACUAAGAAACCUCGGAAGUCUCCAGCAGACAAGAGUCGUUCUGAAUCUGGAGCUAGAGGCACAAGUCGUGGAAGAGCUAACGGCCACCCUCAGCAGAAUGGAGAAGGGGAUCCUGUCACCUUGUUUGAGGUGGUUAAGCUGGGAAAGAGUGCUAUGCAGUCUGUGGUGGACGACUGGAUUGAAUCCUAUAAACAAGACAGGGACAUAGCACUUCUGGAUUUAAUCAACUUCUUUAUCCAGUGUUCAGGAUGUCGAGGUACUGUAAGAAUUGAAAUGUUCAGGAAUAUGCAAAAUGCAGAAAUCAUAAGGAAAAUGACAGAAGAAUUUGAUGAGGACAGUGGUGAUUAUCCACUUACCAUGCCUGGGCCACAGUGGAAGAAGUUUCGGUCAAACUUCUGCGAGUUCAUCGGAGUGCUCAUUCGGCAGUGUCAGUACAGCAUCAUUUAUGAUGAAUACAUGAUGGACACAGUGAUCUCUCUUCUGACUGGUUUGUCAGACUCCCAGGUCCGGGCUUUCAGGCACACCAGUACAUUAGCUGCUAUGAAGCUUAUGACUGCUCUUGUGAAUGUUGCCUUAAACCUGAGCAUUCAUCAGGAUAAUACACAGAGGCAGUACGAAGCUGAGAGAAACAAAAUGAUUGGCAAAAGAGCUAAUGAAAGAUUGGAGCUGCUGCUUCAGAAAAGAAAAGAGCUGCAAGAAAACCAGGAUGAAAUUGAGAAUAUGAUGAACUCUAUUUUUAAGGGUAUAUUUGUUCAUAGAUACCGUGAUGCUAUUGCUGAGAUCAGAGCUGUCUGUAUUGAAGAAAUUGGUGUCUGGAUGAAAAUGUACAGCGAUGCCUUCCUGAAUGAUAGUUAUUUAAAGUACGUUGGUUGGACACUGCAUGACAGGCAAGGUGAAGUGAGGUUGAAGUGUUUGAAAGCUCUUCAGAGCCUGUAUACCAACAGAGAGUUAUUUCCCAAACUGGAGCUGUUCACUAAUAGAUUCAAGGAUCGCAUUGUAUCCAUGACACUUGACAAGGAGUAUGAUGUUGCUGUCGAAGCCAUUCGAUUAGUCACACUAAUCCUUCAUGGAAGCGAAGAAGCUCUUUCAAAUGAAGACUGUGAGAACGUUUAUCACUUGGUGUAUUCAGCACACCGGCCUGUGGCAGUAGCAGCUGGAGAAUUCCUUCACAAAAAACUGUUCAGCAGACACGAUCCCCAAGCUGAAGAGGCUCUAGCAAAGAGGAGGGGACGAAAUAGUCCAAAUGGAAACCUUAUUAGAAUGUUGGUUCUUUUCUUUCUUGAAAGUGAGUUGCACGAGCAUGCAGCCUAUUUAGUGGACAGUUUGUGGGAGAGCUCUCAAGAGCUGCUGAAAGACUGGGAAUGUAUGACAGAAUUGCUCUUGGAGGAACCAGUCCAAGGAGAAGAAGCAAUGUCUGACCGUCAGGAGAGUGCUCUUAUUGAGCUGAUGGUCUGUACAAUCAGACAGGCUGCUGAAGCACAUCCCCCAGUAGGCAGAGGCACUGGCAAGAGGGUCUUGACAGCAAAAGAAAGAAAAACACAGAUAGAUGACAGAAAUAAGUUGACUGAGCAUUUCAUUAUUGCACUUCCCAUGUUGCUAUCAAAGUAUUCUGCUGAUGCUGAGAAGGUUGCAAAUCUCCUGCAGAUCCCUCAGUACUUUGAUCUGGAAAUCUAUAGCACGGGCAGAAUGGAGAAGCAUCUGGAUGCCUUACUAAAACAGAUCAAGUUUGUUGUGGAAAAGCAUGUGGAGUCAGAUGUUCUCGAAGCCUGCAGCAAAACCUACAGCAUACUCUGCAGUGAGGAAUACACAAUCCAGAACAGAGUCGACAUAGCUCACAGCCAACUUAUCGAUGAAUUUGUGGAUCGAUUCAACCAUUCUGUAGAGGAUCUGCUGCAGGAGGGAGAAGAAGCUGAUGAUGAUGACAUAUACAAUGUGCUCUCCACGUUGAAGAGAUUAACCUCUUUUCACAAUGCUCAUGAUCUCACAAAAUGGGAUCUGUUCAGUAACUGCUACAGAUUGCUAAGAACUGGAAUCGAACACGGAGCAAUGCCAGAACAGAUAGUUGUUCAGGCCCUGCAGUGUUCCCAUUACUCCAUUCUCUGGCAGCUGGUGAAAAUCACUGAAGGCUCCCCUUCCAAAGAGGACUUGUUGGUAUUGAGGAAAACUGUGAAAUCCUUCCUGGCUGUCUGCCAGCAGUGUCUAUCAAAUGUCAACACUCCAGUCAAAGAGCAGGCUUUCAUGCUACUCUGUGAUCUCUUGAUGAUUUUUAGUCAUCAACUGAUGACUGGAGGUCGAGAAGGUCUUCAGCCCUUGGUGUUUAAUCCUGAUUCUGGCCUCCAGUCAGAACUUCUCAGUUUUGUGAUGGACCAUGUCUUUAUUGACCAAGAUGAUGAAAACCAGAGCAUGGAGGGAGAUGAAGAAGAUGAAGCUAACAAAAUAGAAGCUUUACAUAAGAGAAGAAACCUUCUGGCUGCUUUCAGCAAGCUGAUAAUUUAUGAUAUUGUGGACAUGCAUGCAGCAGCAGAUAUCUUCAAACACUAUAUGAAGUACUACAAUGACUAUGGAGAUAUCAUUAAGGAAACUCUGAGCAAAACAAGGCAAAUCGAUAAAAUCCAGUGUGCAAAGACGCUCAUUCUCAGCCUGCAGCAGCUUUUUAAUGAGCUCGUUCAGGAGCAAGGUCCCAAUUUGGACAGGACAUCUGCCCACGUCAGCGGAAUUAAGGAGCUGGCUCGUCGCUUUGCCCUCACUUUUGGCCUGGAUCAGAUUAAGACAAGAGAGGCUGUGGCCACCCUACACAAGGAUGGCAUAGAAUUUGCCUUCAAAUACCAGAAUCAAAAAGGACAAGACUAUCCACCUCCUAACCUUGCUUUCCUUGAAGUGCUUAGUGAAUUUUCUUCGAAGCUCUUGCGACAGGACAAAAAGACAGUUCACUCCUACUUAGAGAAGUUUCUGACGGAGCAGAUGAUGGAGAGGAGAGAAGACGUGUGGCUGCCGCUCAUCUCCUACAGGAACUCUCUGGUUACGGGCGGUGAGGACGACAGGAUGUCCGUUAACAGUGGAAGCAGCAGCAGCAAAGCCUCUUCAGUAAGGAAUAAGAAGGGACGGCCACCUCUGCACAAGAAGAGAGUGGAAGAUGAAAGCCUAGAAGGCUCAUGGCUGAGCAGGAAUGAAACCCUACAUACUCCAGGGACACUGCAAGCACCACAGCUCACCUCAACUGUCUUGAGAGAGAACACUAGACAGAUGGGCGAGCAGAUCCAGGAGCACGAGUCGGAGCAGGGAUCUGAACAGGACUUUUUACACAAUCCCCAGAUGCAGAUAUCUUGGUUGGGCCAACAGAAGCUAGAAGAUUUAAGUCGGAAGGACAGGACAGGAAUGAACUACAUGAAAGGGAGAACUGGCGUGAGGCACGCAGUACGAGGUCUAAUGGAAGAUGAUGCUGAGCCCAUCUUUGAAGAUGUAAUGAUGUCCUCACGAGGUCAGCUAGAGGAUAUGAAUGAAGAAUUUGAGGACACAAUGGUCAUUGAUCUGCCGCCCUCACGGAACCGGCGGGAGCGGGCCGAGCUGAGGCCGGACUUCUUCGACUCCGCAGCUAUCAUCGAGGACGAUUCAGUAAGGCUCUAUGAGUGUUGCUUGCCCUUUAGCUGAGGUCGCUGUUGCCUUACCCCGCCUUAACGCCUGUCUCUCACCUCGCUUUUCCAGGGAUUUGGGAUGCCUAUGUUCUGAAGUCUGCUGAAGACGUUUUACAAACUUGGAACUCUAUUGUUUAGAGCUAGAGGCCUAUAUACUGUGAUAGCUUGUAUGAAAAAAAAAAACCACAUUUUUGAUGUGCUGGGUUUGAUUUUUAACCAAAUGAUUGAGGUCAAUCCCUUUUUGUAGUGACAGAAGGAAGAGGAGCUUCUUAAUGCCACGCAGGAAUCCUGGCCCAUGCAGUCACCUCGGAAGGGCUGACCUACAGAAUCAUUUGUAUCCCUCUUCUUGACUGUCCUACUACAGUUCCCCCUUUUUUUUUUUUGGGGGGGGGUGUGUUUCUUUUGUUUGUUUUGUUGGGGGUUCCCCCCCCCCAGCUGGAGGAGGAGGUUUUACAUUAAGAGAGCUGUCAAAAUAAACACUGUUCUCCACCUGUGUUUUCUGCAAACAACCUCGAGUGAAACCAGAACUUUUUAACUUUAUUUUUCUGCUGUACAAUUGAAAAACCCUUUUAACAUUUGCCUUUUUCUGUUUUAAAAGCUAGCCAUUUUUAUGGAACCUAUGCCUAUCAGCCAUUGACUAGCAAGGAUGCUCUGAGCAGGUCGUUCUGGCUACAGGGAAGUGUUUUUGAACACACUGGAUUUGAUGAAGGUGAUGGUACGCUUACAUCCUCUCCUAGGCAUUGAGGAGAACGCUCUUAUACAGAGGUUAGAAUCCUAAUGACGUGCAUCUCUGCCAAAAAAAGUUCAGAUUCUGAUAUGCUAAACCCAGAUUUUAUACUCUUGAGAAGAUUUAUUUUUAUUUAUAAUGGGACAUAAAGUAAGAGAUGUCCACGAAGCCACUUUUCCAACAGAUACUGUGUAACAUUCAUUUUAUAUAGCACAUGGGGGACACAAAAAGCAGUAAAUUUUCUAUUGGUACUUGCUCUGUGCAUUUUUAGCAACUUAUACCAGCAAAUAAAGUAUUCUCAGUAAAACACACAAA